CAACUUCCAUCAAAUGGGACGAGUAGAGAGUACCACGGGAUGUGAUGGGCGCGGUGCGAGCAUUGGAUAGAAACAAACAGUAAAUGUGCAACGGUGCCUCCAUUGUGCCCCGCUUUACAAGCGCCUUCACUCAUUAAGCAGCAGAAAAACCCUGACACCGCUGCGUCGAUGGGCGAUCGAUGACCUGGAAAGGUGCCGCCGACGAGCCGCUCUCCUGCUGCUGCUGUGCAACUGGUUGCAGGCAUGCCUCGCCUCCAGUCCGCCUCCACAGCUUUACUACGAGUCCCACUCUCUCCCCGUGUUUCCUCGAGCGACUGUUGCCACCUACUCCGCGGUCUGAAGCAGCUGUUUUAAGUCGGCGCACUCGUGUUUGCGUGUUGUUGUUUUUUGCGCAACUGUUGAACUGCCGGUUCUUUCUCGACUGCGUCUGUCCUUGUUUGUUUCUGUAGAACGAAUGCAAAACCCAUUCAAACAAAGCUCUCCAUCCUGUUACCCGCUCUUCAUAAAUAUCAUAUCAAUACAUUUUUGCCUAAAGCAGAGAGCAAUGAUUAAUAAUAGGGCGGCUUUCAUUUAAUUAGAAUGCGACCAGUACAGGAUUCAUAUUACAGCAGUGCAGAAAAAAGCACAUGUUAAAAUUUCGUGAUAACUAGCUUCCUCUGUAAUAUUAUUAUUAUUCAUUGAGGAAAAGGAAAAAAGAGCAGACGUCUCCUUCUGCACACUGCUGCAAACAUGUGGACGGGAGAAGCCAGAGAAGAGAUGCAGUGAAAAGGAACAUUGGAGGGGAAGCAGAGCGGGGAGCUCGGUCGCUGGGCAUCAUUUUCUCCUCCUGUCGCACACUUCCUCUGCCGCCACAGGACGCUCUUGAUUUCAGAGGUCUGGCGCCCGCGGCUAACCCGAUAACAGUGAUGUCAUCCAGCCUUUAUCGCUGUCAUUGCUCCAAAUGGGCCGAGGGGCCGCCGCGUGAAGUACAGUGAUGCUGGUGGGAGACUCCGGGGUGGGGAAGACCUGUCUACUGGUCCGCUUCAAGGACGGGGCUUUCCUGGCUGGCAGCUUCAUCUCCACUGUGGGCAUUGACUUCAGGAAUAAAGUGCUGGACAUCGACGGAGUCAAGGUGAAGCUUCAGAUCUGGGACACGGCCGGACAGGAGCGCUUCCGCAGCGUCACUCACGCUUACUACCGUGACGCCCACGCUCUUCUCCUGCUCUACGACGUCACAAACAAAACUUCAUUUGACAACAUCCAGGCCUGGCUCACAGAGAUCCACGAGUACGCCCAGCAGGACGUGGUGCUGAUGCUGCUUGGAAACAAGGCCGACGCCACGCACGACCGGGUGGUGAGGAGGGAAGACGGCGAGAGGCUCGCUAAGGAAUUUGGCGUUCCCUUCAUGGAGACCAGCGCCAGGUCGGGUCUCAACGUGGAGCUGGCUUUCACCGCCGUGGCCAAGGAGCUGAAGCACAGGUCCACCAAGGAGCCGAGCGAGAAGUUCCAGCUGCAGGAGUACGUGAACAAGGAGAUGAAGGGUGCCGGCUGCUGUCGGGCCUGAGGCCCGCUCCCGCGCACGCGGUUCCGCUCAUCCUCAUACAGUCCACCCUCACAGGCGAGGAGUCCGGUCCGAGCGAGGCUGAAACCCGGUACUGUUUGCUCUUCACCCGUCCGUCCGCCUUCUGCAGCUGUGAAUGUAGCCCCAGGUCAUGGCUUCAGACGAACAGAGCGCUGGUUCCAUAACAACAACCACAUCCAUCAUUUUGUUUGUAUUUUCCUGGUCAACAUCUGGAUAAAUGAUCACUUACUAGAAGCGUAGUGAUGCUUGUGUCCAUGGUUCAGCAGCUCAGGCUCCUCCAGCCAGUAAAGCUCACCAGCAUAAACUCAGUCUAAAGCGUUUUCAUCAUUCAGCUGUGGACCUUUGGAAACAAGCAUUACUUGUUCAGCAUCCUCUGUGCAUUAGAUUACUGUCUGUGCAGGUAUGAACUUAUAUAUAGAGUAGUUCACAGUCUACACAAACGUUGGUGUGGGUCUAAGAGCCUAGAAACUGUUUGCAGACACAUUUAUUAUUUCAACAACCACAAUGAGACUUGAAGCGCUGAUGCAACCCUUAUUGUGUGUUUUUAACAGUAAGAUGGUCACACAUGGUGUAAAUACAUUUCUGCAUGGAAAACAUGUCUGAUGGGACAUAGAUGGAGAUGGUAACUGAGUGUGGAUGAGCUUUAGAAGCGAGACUUGCAUUAUGUUGGGUGUUACUUAAAGUAUUGUAAAUCAAAUAUGUACAUUUCUGUUUAUAUGUUACUGUCAGUGGAUCUUUACCUUGCUUUAAUUUGUGCAUUUAGUUUAAAUUCUGGUAUGUACUAUGAAUUCACCCCUUUACUUUGUACACUUAGUAAAAUAGAUUCUAUUGGAUAAAUGACUGUAAUAAUGAAAAUUAAUAUAUUAUUAAAAGUCAGAAACUGACUGUGAACAGUUUUGAAAGACUACAAGAAAAAUCCUAAAGCUGCAAUUUAGGGCAAAUGCUUUUCACAAGCUAAUGAAUUAAGAUUCUGAAUAUUAUUAUAAUAUUAUACGAUUUUUGAUUGUUAUUAUAAUUGUUUGAGUGUUGACUAAUGUACUGAUUUGAAGUGCCAGAAGUGAAGGGGUGAAGGUAUCACAGGCAUCUUAUAGACGUAAACACUUUGUCUGAUGUUAUGAUCUGUUAACAGUAUUAAUUAAAGAUGUAAAACCUUCUUUUUAUUAAACUUAAUAUUUCAUGUCAGUUUAGAAUAGUAUAUAGGGUAUUUACUGCGUAGUCCUCUUGUUUUUUUUUCAGUCUUGGUGUUAUCAAUUAAUUGUUCGACUUUGACAACUUUCUUGUAAGUGAAAGUUAAGUACAAUAAAAACUGAAGGCAUCGUG